AGAGUGAUGUAUGUUGAUACUACUAAAAUAGUAUGGCAUAGCAAAAAAUGGGAGCUGCUGGACCAAGCAACAAACUGUAUUUGUAAUACUGGCGUUGGUUUGGUGGUGCAAAAUCGAUCCACAGGCGCACGCUGAACAGGGGAAGGAAUUGUUUUUCUUUUACGACCAUACCGAUUUUGCAUACAUACAUUUCUUGUCCAGUCGUAAUUUGUGUGUGAAGGGAAGCACACGCACACCUUGAUUUUCCAGAGUUUUUUAAGGAGGAGAAAAACAUGACGCGAUCAAAUAACGGGAUCCAUUUGAUGUCUUGGAUCAUCUUAAUUGUGUCGGGGGUUUUCCUCUGGGAAAGCUGUGAAGGAAUCAUGUGCUACUCGUGUACAACAAUUAUUGACAACGGCGUUACAAAACCGGGCAAUCAGACGUGCACUUUAUUCAACACGGCGACAGAGGAGGAACGAAGGGCGAGAUUUAGCGAAAUUUGUCCCCCAGGAGUGAAGGUCUGUUCGCAGUCGGAGAAGCGUGGUUUUCUGGGUCACAGUUCUGGGAGCAGUUACGACAUAAUUCAGAAGGGUUGUUACGCCCGAUCCUUCGUGAACAAGGCGAGAUUUAACGUUUGUGAGAACGUGGGGGGAGCGAGCAGUGGGGACGAUGCGAGGAAGGAGCGGAUUUGUCUCUGUGACACGGAUUACUGUGAUCUCAUGGACGUUGGGGGGGAUGACGAGAGGGGUGACGACGACGCUUCUUCAAGUGCGGAUGGCACAAGUGUCUCAUUUUGCCUCAACUUAAUUACAUUAAGUGCAUCGAUAAUUAUGAGAAGAAUUUCACAAUUUCGCAAUCUCUAUUAAAUUUCUUCUCCAGUGAAGGACAUAGAAUUUUAAUAUUUCCAGCAUCAGCGCCCCAUUUCAUUUUAAGUUUACCAAAAUGUCUGUACAUAAGCAACAUGUAUGUAUACAUGUACAUAAUAUGUACUACAUAUUAUUAAAAGUCGCCCAUGUUAGGCUACACCUGUAUAUCAUGUAUCAACUUUCAGUAUAUUUGCAAGCAUUCAUAAUUUUUUAGUGACAAGAAAAAUUAACAAAUGAUUUUAAUAUUUCUCUCUGCGUUAUAUUUCAAAUUUGAUAGUUUAUUGUAUACGAGCGGAGAAGCCAGUCCUUCGACUGGCAGACAUACGAAGCAUUUGAGAAUGGUCGAUAAACUAAACCUCACAAUGGAACCUUUUCUCAGGCUACACCGGGAUUGUCUAGCAAGUUAUAUUAAAAAAUAAAGUAAAAAAUUAGUAGUCACAUGACACUUAUCUUUAGGUUGCAAACAUAUAUUGGCAGAAAAAGUUCAAUUUAUA